AUAAUAAACUGCGUGCUUUUCACGUGAAAUGCCCCCUUUAUAAUCGGACCCUGUGCAGCCAACACCGAGGCACACCGUGGACAAGCGGACUAAACGGAGAGAGGAAUAAGUCAGCGGCGUUCAAUCGCAGCCAGGAUGGUCACGUCGUACCCUUUACCGGAGGGCUUCUCCGAGCUCGACGUGUUCUCGUUGGGAUCUUGUCUGCUGGUGGAGGGUCUGCUGGGCUUCUUUCUGAACGCGGUGACAAUCGUGGCUUUCGUCAAAGUGAGAGAGCUGAGGACGCCCAGCAAUUUCCUGGUGUUCAGUUUAGCCAUGGCUGAUAUCGGCAUCUCCAUGAACGCCACAGUCGCAGCUUUCUCCAGCUUUUUGAGGUACUGGCCUUACGGCUCAGAAGGUUGCCAGACUCAUGGCUUUCAGGGAUUCAUGACAGCGCUUGCCAGCCUUAACUUUAUAGCAGCUAUUGCUUGGGACAGAUAUCAUCAAUACUGCACGAGGACGAAGCUGCAGUGGAGCAGCGCCAUCUCUUUGGCUGUGUUUGUCUGGAUGUUCGCCGCCUUCUGGGCAGCCAUGCCCCUCAUCGGCUGGGGAGAGUAUGAUUAUGAGCCUCUCAGGACUUGCUGCACACUGGAUUACAGCAAAGGAGACAGGAAUUAUGUUUCAUACUUGAUCCCUAUGAGCAUUUUCAACAUGGGCAUACAGGUGUUUGUUGUCCUGACUUCCUACCAGUCCAUUGCACAGAAAUUCAAAAAGACUGGAAACCCCAGGUUUAAUCCCAACACUCCUCUGAAGACCCUGCUGUUCUGCUGGGGGCCUUAUGGUAUCCUGGCUUUCUAUGCAGCUGUGGAAAAUGCAACCCUAGUUUCACCAAAGCUACGGAUGAUCGCUCCUAUCCUGGCUAAGACCUCGCCCACCUUUAAUCCUCUUCUGUACGCUUUGGGAAAUGAGAACUACAGAGGAGGCAUCUGGCAGCUUCUAACAGGGGAAAAGAUUGAUGUGCCUCAAACUGAUAAUAAGUCCAAAUAAACAGCAUACUGUUGUAGAUGUUUCUGUCUGUGAGAGUCUGUGCUGUACAAUGUGUUGUAAGCAGUGCGAACCGUUGCCUCUUGUCUGCUUUACAUAUGCCCUGGAUUUGUUCCCCCAUCACCUCUCCCAGUGUGUGUCUGCAGUGCUGCAAAUAUUACAAAAAACACUGUCAUCAUGUUCAAUUCCAUUGCGGUCACUUAUGGAAUAUAGUAAAACACUUGAUGUGUUUUCCAUUCCUUUUGUAACAAGUUAUUUGUGUUUUCUCAGUUUAAUUUAAUUUCUUAAUUUAAGUAAUGAAUGGCUUUAAUUUUUAGCUGAUCGUAUUUAUUUUUGAUGCAGAUUACAUCCAAAUGUUCAAAACGUAGUUGUUUAAAAAGAAAAAGAAAAGUACAGUUAUACAAAGCAUCCUAGGUAGGCACAAACCGCUUCAUGCAAAACAACCUAUGUUUUUCAGGUUGUUUUGAUAAACACAAAUAAUAUAGACAAGCAAUCUUUUCAACACAAUGGUUUA